AUGUUGGUGUUCUGCGGUAUUGCAAAUCCGCUUCUGUUGUGGGAGAAAUAUCGGCAUCUUCUGUCCGAAGACUUCCUAAGAGCUCCGAGAUGCACUACUGGAGAUAAUACUGAGGCCACUGAUGAGCACGUUCUAAACAGUUGCCUUAGUUCACUUCAAGACAUGGUCAUUUCGAUCGGCGGCAGUUCUCUGGUGGAUUAUGGGCUACCGUCUCCACAGCAUCUGGAUGUACAAGAGCGUGGAAACAGAGAGUACAACUCUGAAAUAAAUUAUGAUCCAAGAGCUAUGAGUACCGUCGUCAAUGACCAUGUCUGUAAGUUUACCUCAGAGCAAAAGCAAAUUUUCGACACCAUCCUUGAAAGCGUUGGGCUCGGCCAAGUAGACAGUGGCCAGGUGGUUCUACCUGAGAUACUUGGGAGAGUGGUGUCCACCUUAGAAGAUUUGAUUCGCCUGGUGUACGGGGACAUCAAUAGGAUACCGCACCAAGAUAAUUCUUGGGUGUGUUAA